CUUGUCAGGUUAAAAGCAUUGUCAGAAAACAUGAGAGACUCUUAAAGCCAUCAGUUGAUGUCUAAGACAACAUAACGGCCGCUGCAAGGACAGGAUCAAGACACAUCUCCAGGCCGUUUGACCAUGAGUGUUUUUCUAGUCACCUUUAUGGUGGCUAUCCAUCUUACCCUCAUACCCCAAACUACCCCGUCCUGCACCCGAGGUAAACCCCGCGAGUGCAACGAGGCCGAGUUUGCCCCGGGAUCCAACCUGGCCGGCGAGGGCUUCGACAUCACCAAGCUGCAGCGCAAGGGAGCCUUCGUCAUCAACAUGAACCUAUGGAGACGGGAGAACAACACCUGCAUGCUGUGCAGGAACCCGUACCAAGAGGGCAAGAUGCAGAAAAUCCCAGCAGCUGUGGUGGACUGGCGACCCAGUCAGAAAUGCAGCAUGAAGGUGGCCAGCUCACAGCACCAGUCGAGCGAGUCCCUGGUCAGCUCCAGCUCCUCCAGUGUGGAGAACAACUGGAAGGCUAGCCUAGGGAUAGAUGCCAAAGCAGCAAAGGGCUCUCUGAUGCUGGCUGGGACCAAGUCAGCUUUGGCUGGGUACUCUAUGGAAAAAACAAAGAAGGACAAGUUUACGUUUGUAAGCCACAAGAUGGACUGUGGUUUCUACAGCUACAGGAUUUCCAACCAACCCUCUCUCCACCCGGAGUUUGAGCGUGCCAUACGUCAACUUCCAAAGAAAUACACCAGUGAGAACAAACAGCGCUUCUACAAACUCAUUGACAACUUUGGCACUCAUUACAUGACAAAGGUGACUCUGGGCGGGAUGGUGCAGUCGGUGACCAGCAUCAGGCAGUGCAUGGCCUCUCUACAGGGCCUGAGCACGGACGAGAUCCAGAGCUGUCUGAAUCUGGAGGCUGAGGCCAGCGUGCAAGGGAAGGUGGGGGCAGGAGCUGAGCUGAAGCACUGUCAGGAGGAGAAGAAACAGAUGGAGAACAAGAACAGCUUCUCCAGCAACUUCAAUGACAGGCUCACAGAGAUCUUUGGUGGCCAUACCACUGAGCCUGAACUUCUCUUCUCUGCAGACAAAGACCCGGCCGCCUACAAGGAGUGGCUCUCCUCCCUGCCAAUCAACCCAGAUGUGAUCUCCUAUUCGCUGGAUCCCCUCCAUGAAUUGCUGACCCCCAAAGUUUUUCCAGUGCGAAAAGAACUGCGCAAAGCCAUCAGGCAUUACGUCUUAGAGAGUGGACUCUGGCAGAACUGCUCUGAGCCCUGCAAGUCUGGUGUCAAAAGAAACCCAGCGGAGCCCUGUGUGUGCAGUUGCCAUGGCAACCCCGGCGUCGGUAGCGACUGUUGUCCCACCAAACGCGGUCUCUCUCGGGUCGUCGUCACCGCGGUGAGAGCCAAAGGCUUGUGGGGGGACUCCACCACAGGUACAGACGGCUACGUGAAGGUCUUCAACCCCCAGGGCAUCCCGCUCGCGCGGACCCCGGUGGUUUGGAACAACAACUCACCUGAAUGGAACAUGCCCUUUGACCUUGGUGAUGUCAUCCUCUCCAAGACCAGCAUGGUGAAGUUCGAGGUGUGGGACGAGGACAACAAGUGGGAUGACGACCUGCUCGGAACAUGCACGGUGAACCUCAAGGAAGGGACCAAGGAGGAUGUGUGUCGCAUGGACCACGGGCUGUUCUUCUACAAAAUCGAAGUGAUCUGUGGCCCAAGUCUGAGUGGCCCGUCCUGCUCUGAGUACGUGAGCUCUCCCAUGAACGGUCACCUGGAGAAGCUGUACGUGUCUCGUCACGCCCGACCCAUACCGAAGGACAUGCUCGUGAAGAUGGGAGUAUUUCAAGAUGGACACCCUUCACUUUUGAAUGUGACUGACCCAAAUUAAACUUCAUCUUUGUUGUUUCAGGCAGGAUGUAUUUACUCAGAGAGAAUGAUGAUCAUCAGCUUUAUUGCAUUAUGUUAUAUUUAUGCUAACCUGAGGUUUAUCUAGCUCCUCUAUCUCUAUAUAAAACGUUAUGCAACAUAGUGCAAGUGUUUAUGGCAUUUGUGAUGAAACGCACUUUGUUACAGUUCAUGUCUAUGGUAAUGACAUACUGUACUAUAUAUAGGCAGUGCCAUAUGUACAAAUUUGGCAAGAACCAAACCAUAUCAAGAUAAGGCUCUUUAGAGCAUAUUGCACACUUCUUUAUACUGUCUCAUUUCUGCUGUCCCCUUGUGGGCAAAGUUUUAAAAAGCGAGUAUGUAGAAGCUUCAGGCUGCCUAGUGUUUUUUAUGUGGGUAUUACUCAAAACCUUAGGUGCUCUUGAGUGAGUACCUUGUUGUGUAGCAAUCAGGUAUUUUCAAGCUUUAUUUACAAAUCUGAUGCACACAUUGACGUAUCGACUGAAUGAUUCCCAGAAUGACAGUCAUGCUGUUGUCAAACCUCAGGGUUAUCAGUCACUGCUGCAAAAACAUUGGUGUAAUGUUAUUUUAUGCGAAGGCCAAGGAUUUCCCCCCAUUUAUUGUAUCUUUUGUAUUUUUUGUAGCUUUUGAUGCAUGUAUUUUUAAUGGUCGUUGAGUCUGGUAAUAAAAAUCAACGGAGCUAAAA